ACAUUCAAACGGGUGCUCCCAAUGUUAGUCUCACAAAGGUUCCCGUGUUAUAUCACUGUGAUUUGCCAUAGUAUUCAACUGCUCCUUUUAGCUGCUGUCACUUUCUGGUGCUGCUUACGUCACAGACUGUACACCGUAACUACCGCUAUGAUGAGAUUGGUUCUUGCUCCACACACAGCACCUUUAAGGAGAGCCUCGUCAGUCCCUGCAGGUCUGCUGAAUUUUGUCCCCGCCUGCAGCACCAUCGAUGCCCACUCACUGGAGCUUCUACAGGACUUUGUGAGCCGAGCCAGACGCCUGUUUGUCAUCACCGGGGCGGGUCUGUCCACGGAGUCGGGCAUCCCUGAUUACCGAUCGGAGGGCGUCGGGCUGUACGCACGCACUGACAGGCGACCCAUGCAGUAUGCAGAGUUUGUCCGCAGCGCAAAGUCCCGUCAGCGCUACUGGGCCAGAAACUUUGUCGGGUGGCCGCAGUUUUCCUCACACCAGCCGAACUCUGCACACAAGGCCCUGCAGCGGUGGGAGGAGAGGGGCAAGCUGCACUGGCUGGUUACACAGAAUGUGGACGCUCUUCACUCCAAGGCAGGGCAGAAAAGACUUACAGAGCUCCACGGCUGCGCCCACAGGGUGACGUGCCUUGGCUGUGGUGCCAUCUCAGCACGGGAGGAGCUGCAGAGACAAUUUCUCUCUUUAAACCCAGAAUGGCGAGCUCAGGCGGGCGCUGUGGCCCCGGACGGCGAUGUCUUCUUGGAGGACGAGCAGGUCCUCAGUUUCAGAGUUCCCUCCUGUGAAGACUGCGGAGGGAUACUGAAGCCUGAGGUCACGUUUUUUGGAGACACUGUGAACAAAGCAACUGUGCAGUUUGUGCACGAAAGGCUGGCCGAGUCAGACGCGGUGCUCGUCGUGGGGUCAUCGUUACAGGUGUACUCUGGAUACAGGUUUUUACUGGCAGCGAGGGAUAGGAAGAUGCUAGUCGCCAUCCUGAACAUAGGGCCCACCAGAGCAGACCACCUGGCUGAGCUCAAAGUGAGUGGCCGCUGCGGGGAAGUGCUGUCAUUCAUUCAGCCCCGCUGACUGGCCUGGAUAUAAAGUUUGAAGUAGUUUGUUGGUUAGGUUAAAACUACCUCAGAUUUAAGAAAAUACAGCAGACAACCUUAGGAUGAAGCAAGUGUAUGCUCCGGGGUCAUUCACUGUUGCCUGAUUGUUAGUAAUUCUGAGCUAUAAAUUUGUCAAACUUGAAUCCAACUGAUCUGCACACAUAAGGUUGGUGUCAGGGACUGGAAAUCUUGGCUCAGUAAGCCAGAGGAAACAGAACAGAGCUGUGCUGUGUUUGUUGUGUGAUUGCUGUUGUUGGUUUUACGAUGACACAGUAAUGGCAUGGAGGUCAGCUUUGUGCUAUGAAAUGAAAACCUGCAGGCUGCAAGGACAUCAGAUUUAUCCUGUUUGUUUUCUCACUCUUUUCACUUUAUAAAUGGACUGUAUUUAUGUAGAAUUUUUCAUAUCUUAACCACUCAAAGCUCCAUCAGCAUAUAAUGAUGCUGCCCUUGGUCUUCUAAGACAGAAACACAGAUGGAUAUGCAGGCUGCUUUUGUGUUGGGAAGAUGCAAUAUAAAUGUAUUUUCAUGUUCUGCCAAGGAAUCUGUUUUAAAAGGUGCAAUUUGUUCUCUUCUGGACUCCAGUUCUAUCAUGUAACGGUUAGUAAUGAUUAAUUUUAAAUGCUGCUAUAUUAAUUGAAUCGGUUUUGGUGAAGUGCACAGAAAUUGAUUAAGAAUAGUUUGACUUUAACUUACUCAGGCUGGAUUUUA